AUGUGUCACUUGUGGACCAUUCGAGUUGGGGCCCCCAAAGUGGCUCGGCGCAGCGAUCCGGGGCAAGACCGGACCAUAUUCCCCGUUGUUGCCCUCCAACUACACCUGGUUACGACAAGCAACCGUUCCGUCUCGUACGGCAGCCAUGCUGGCACCCGCGGGCACGCGGACACAGAUGCAGAGGCAAUCAAAAUGACGGCGCAAGCGAGACAAAAAAGGGUUUAUGCUGAUGCAGGCGGCUUGUCCAUUGUCCAUACACGCCCCCCCCUGUGGGAUUUGAUUUUCCUUUUUGACACGCGCGUUCGGCGCCAGGCUGGGCCAAGAAGAAUGGACAACGCCACGGCUGGCACGGCUUGGGGCGGCGGGUGGCAGCAGCAGCGAGCAGCCUGCAAGACCUGCCACACCCAGAGUAUGCAUGUACACGUCAAGAAGACGCAGAGGUCAAGUAAGAAGACCAUGCAACAGAUCCCGGCGGCGGAGGAGAGCUUCCUUUCCGAAGUCGCCUCUCCCUUGCAGUUGGUGCACUUGCAUCACGACCUGCGAUCCAUUGGCAUGCUAGAUAGCUACAUCACAACUUGCAUUGUGCGCCAGCGACUAGCUUCUCUGGCGUUGUACCGCACUUGUGCAUAUGUGCAUACCAGCACGGCAGUUGUCCAGCCAGAGGGGGGAGCUGCGAGAUACAAAAGCGUCUUGGAUAUCGCGGGAAGCUUUGAAAGAGCCCACCGGCUCGCUCUUUUACCGCUCCAUUCUUCGGCUGGGCGUUUCAAGAUGAAUAGAGAAGAAAGGGCCGAGUAUUUUCUGAUAUGA